UGUAAAUUAAUUUUUUUUAGUGAUAAAGGAAGGAAACGUUUUCAGAAUAUAUUUUUUCUCUGGUAUCAUGUUAUUAAUAUUGAUUUUGAUUACAUCAAUAUACGCUAUCCCGUUAGAUUUUCCUUGUUAUGAUGAUACAUGGUUUUUUUCAAACGAAACGGGAAAAUGUUAUAAACCAAUAAUGGGAGCACAGAAAUUACCGUUUUCAAAUGCUUCACAAGCAUGCAAAACAUACUUGCAAAAUAUUUCAAAAGUUUCAAUAAAUUUAGUAAAAUUAUCUAAUGAAAAUGAAGCUGAUGCAUUUGUGAAGUUGUUGUCUGAAAAUGCUUUUAAAGAAACAAUUUGGAUUGGAGCUAAUCGUAGUGAUGCGAAGCAACCAUUUAUUUGGUAUAUGGAUGGUAGUACAGCUCUUUUCGACUACACUGAUUGGUCUCAAGGAACGCAACCAGGAGAUUGUAUUGGCUUCUCAUAUACAACUCAACCAAUAUCUGGAACCGAUAAGUGGACUAUAGUUAAAACGAUCGAUAAUAAACCAUGUGAUAUGAUGCGUUCAUUCAUUUGUGAACAUAAAGUUCCACUUUGUACAAAUCCACCAGGAGGCUUUAAUCCAACUACAAUGAUCAUAAAACCAUCUGUCAUGGCUCCAAGAUCUAUUGUACAAGUACAAUGUGCACCUGGUACAUCAAAAGAUCCUAUUACAUCUAAUAACCGAUUAUCCGGUUUUGAUGUGGAUUUAAGCUUAUCAGAAAAUUCAUAUAAAUGCACAGGGAAACGAUUUAAUAAUAAUCCGAAUCCUGAAGAUCCUUUAAAGUUUCAACCACAACUAUUCUAUUCAGGCUAUUUACUACCAACAUGUUCAUCUGUGCGUUGUAAUGAAACGGAAUUGGACAUCACUAUUCCUAAAAAUGCUAAGUUAGUUACUGCACGUAAUCGUAUCACGGAACAAGUCUUUGGCUUACAUCAGGUUAAUCAAUUCUAUUCAUAUGGAAAUGUGAUUUCUAUCAGAUGUAAUCCAGGAUAUCUAUUUAACGAUCGUACUACAGAAAAACAGGUAUCUUGUGAAUUAGCGCCUGGUUCAAAUACAAUUGGAGAAUAUCGUGGUUAUUCUGGUACAGUACUACCAUUACCAACAGAAUGUCAAGAGGCCACUUGUUUAUAUGAACAAGCUGUAAUACAACCGGAUUAUAAUAUGGAACCAUAUUUUAUUGUCAUGAAAAGUAACGUAGACGUGAUGAAUUUAACGAAACACAGUGGAGUUCCAUAUCCACGUGGAACAGUGAUUCGAUACUUUUGCAAAGACGGUUAUGAAAGUAUUCAUCAAAAUUCCGAAUUAAAUAUCACAUGCGGUAAUUACGGCCAGUGGACUCCACAACUAAUUGGUUGUAUUGCAAGAAUUGAGAAAGUCCCUGUGAGUCUUACUGGACGAAUUUAUACUGAACCAAAAGAAGCUGAAUCUGCAGCAAAAUUAUCCUCAAUUAUGUUCAUUAUGGUUUUUAUAUUUCUGGGGCUAAUUUUAUUGCUAGAUUUAGCCACUAUUGGUAGAGAUUUCAAACAAAUACGGAAAAAUAUUAAAUUGCAAAGAAGAAGAUUGAAACACUCAGGAAAUAAAAGCAAAGUUGGUUGAAAAAAGUACUUAGUGAACCAUCUUAUCACGGUCAAUAAUUGUUUGUUUUUUGGCUUAAUCAGAGAUAAAAUAUGUUAAAUAUUAUCACCAUUGUGAAAUUACUGUCAGUAAAUUUUAAACGUUUGUCCUUUAUCAGUUUUUAUUUCAACAUUUUCACUGAUAAAUAAUUUAUUGAUGUUA